UAGUUCGGGUAUUCAUUGUUGGCUUGGCUUGAAGAGCUGCAAACCGACAAUAAAUAAAGUCAAAUGUUUGGUGAGAUGUUCUUUAGUAGGUAGGAGAGUAGACCAACCGAGGAGAAAGGCGACGAGUGGGAUUGACAUCUGAGUUAAACAAUUCCACUAAAAGACGGGAAUUGACUUCUUGUCGGCUGGAAUUAAAUGAUCGGCCUGGGUUGUAAUUGCUGCUUCUGGAAGUUUCCAAAGCAACAAAACAAAAGGCACAGGUAAACAGCAAAAAUAUUUUCCACACACUUGCAGUCUUCCGUUUCAUCUUCUUGAUUUAUUCUUCUGAUCCCACCAAUACCACAGACCGCAAACCUCUGCCAUAAUGAAUCUGGAGCCCCCCAAAACGGAGAUAAAGUCAGCCACCAGAGUGACUGGCGGGCCUGCCACACCUCGCAAGGGGCCCCCCAAAUUCAAACAGAGACAGACCCGUCAGUUCAAGAGCAAGCCCCCCAAGAAAGGGAUCCAAGGCUUUGGUGAUGACAUCCCUGGAAUGGAAGGCCUUGGCACAGAUAUCACGGUCAUCUGUCCUUGGGAGGCCUUCAGUCACCUGGAGCUUCAUGAACUGGCGCAGUAUGGCAUCAUCUGAGAAUCCGGACAAAAAGUGGGCUUCACUUCCACAGAGACCAAUUUCAUUAUCUUGUGGAGUGGAUGGUUCUGUAAAAGUAAUACAAAUAAAAAAAAAAAAAAAAAAAAAACAGAAGAAGAAAUAUUCUGCAUUUCUCCAACCCCGUCGCCUGCUCUCUCAGUGAAGCUUACCCUUAAGGAUUUAUGGACUCUUAGGCCUAUCCUUCCAUUUUGUUUUUUUACUUUGCACUACAUCUCUUCUUUUGAAAUGUGUCACCAGAAGAACUGGUCACCGGUGAACAAGCAAGAACUGGAGCCCACAGACCAACUGAACAAAACA